UACCAUGUUGCUCACCUUAUCUCUCCUCCUCCUACUCGGAACCACCACCACCACCGCGGACUCUACCUCGGACCAUGCUGGACUGGUAGAAAGACGCUACAGAGGACUUAAGUUUGGAGCAACUGCUCGAGACCACGUUCUGUUAAAGCCAAGAAUGGAACCCCUUGAUGAGUCCUUCUCGGUAUGUGGAUGGGUGAAGAAGAUACGGCCUGGAGAAUGGAAAACCUGGUUUGCUUACGGAACCUCAAGUAAUAACCAGGAGAUCAGGUCAGAAGAUAACGGAUAUUUCCAGACGUUGGGCUAUGGUGUAGACAUAAGAAGUAAGGUAACUGAUCAACUAGGGAUAUGGAGACACGUUUGCCACACGUGGAGUCUCACUACUAGAGCAGCUAGUGUGUACUUUGAUGGCAUCCUUCUCGGAUCAGGCACAACCCCCUCUGGUAAGAAGCUUGGGUUGGACGGGUAUAUUGUUCUGGGGAACGAGUUCGACUCUUAUGGAGGUGGGUUUGCUGAUGACAAUGCUUUUGGUGGAGAGCUCUUUAAGGUAAAUGUAUUUGACAAAGAACUCGAAGCAGCUGAAGUUAAGGAGAUGACAGACGCCGGAAAAUGUUCUGAUGUAGAGGAAAAGUACGGACGAAGUAGGUACCUGAAAUGGGAGGAUUUGCUACUCGAGGAGAAAUCAGGUAACGUUACUGAGAUCGACGUAGGUUGCACCCCGGAACUAACAGAGGAAAGUGAGGAAGAACCAACGGAGGAAGAUGGAGAAGAAGAAACAAAGAGCACAGAGGAAUGCGAAUGUGAGCAGGGGGACGGAACAGUGUUCAGCCGCUGGGAUCUGCUGCGAGGGGACAAGUUCUUUAACAAAACAGUCUCCGUUGAGCUGGUUGAGGAAUUGAAACAAACCUGGGACAUUCUGAGCGAUUUUGAGGGCGCAACAGUAACGGAGCGGUUCAUCAGACACUUCAAGCUAUUCCACAACGGGAAGACAUGUGACGACUUCUCCAGCUAACAGCUCCAUAUUUCACUGUUGAACUACUUGAACAAUAACAGGGGGAUUUUUACAGACUUAUUUUUACUUACUUAUUUUUAAUUACUUAUUUUUACUUGAAUUAAUCUGAUAAAAUCGUUGAUAUUUAGCCUUAUAGUAAUACCAUUACAAUCUUAUUCAACUUUUUUCGCUUAUUUUUAGCUUAGUAGGUAUAAUGUACUAGUAGCAUUUUUUCUGAUCCGGUGAGAUUUUUGAUCAUUUUUGUGAAAGUCUUUAUUCGCCAAGUUACGAAAAAUAUUCGAUUUAUUGUGUUUAUUCGGUUAUGUUACAAAUACCACUCCUGUUUUUCUGG